AAGAGCCGCAGCUGUAUCAUUACACACACCCGACGGGUUGGAGGAGAUUAAAAUAUAUAAAUGGUAGUCCAUCGACACAAUAAGGUAACCUUGAAAAAUGGAGGGAGGAAAUUAUGGCUACUCCAGGGAAUACUUUGACCGCUUUAUCCAAAGCCAGGACUCGUCUGUCGUGAACAAGUUUCAGAAGAGGUACUGGAAAACCAAACAGGCGCUCAUCAAGGUCACUGGAAAGAAAGAGGAUGAACAUGUGGUGGCAUCAGACGCAGACUUGGAUGCCAAACUGGAGGUGUUCCACUCUAUCCAGAGAACAUGUAUGGAGCUGCUGAAGGUAAUCGAGCAGUAUCAGAGAAGAAUAUGCUUUCUGUCUCAGGAGGAGAAUGAGCUGGGCCGUUUCCUUCGCUCCCAGGGCUCAGAGAACAAGACCAGGGCAGGCAAGAUCAUGCAAGCCACCGGGAAAGCCCUCUGCUUCUCGUCCCAACAGAGGCUGGCUCUGCGGAAGCCCUUGUGUCGGCUCUACCAGGAGGUGGAGACCUUCCGUUACCGGGCCAUCUCUGACACUUGGCUGACGGUGAACCGGAUGGAGCAGUCUAGAACAGAAUACCGCGGAGCUCUACUCUGGAUGAAAGAUGUGUCUCAGGAACUUGAUCCUGACACACACAAACAGAUGGAGAAAUUCCGCAAGGUUCAAACGCAAGUACGCACGACUAAAACAAGCUUCGACAAACUGAAGAAUGAUGUCUGCCAGAAAGUUGACUUGUUAGGAGCGAGUCGUUGCAAUCUGCUCUCCCAUGUUUUAACCAUAUACCAGACGACUCUGUUACACUUCUGGGAGAAGACGUCUCACACUAUGGCCGCCAUUCACGAGAGCUUUAAGGGUUGUCAGCAUUAUGAGUUCUCUACGCUCAAGAAUCUUCAAGACCCCAUGGACAAACUGUCAGCUCAGGGAUCGAAGAAAAAGGGGAAGAAGAGAGUUAAAGCAAAGUUUCUUGCUGGAGAGGAACCUCUCCAGAAGGCAGAUGACCAGCUCAUCUCAAUCGACAGUGAAAACCCCAAUGAAGAGUCCAUCGAAGAAGCUCAAAGCAAAGCAGUUUCUGGCAAAUUCUUUGAAGACAUGGAUUUAAGAAGACAAAUUUCAGGAUCUGAGAAUCUACUCUCAACAUAUCAGGAGCAUGAGGGAGAAAGGGAAAGCAUGGCUUUGCUGAAUGAGAUCCUGGGCAGCACAUCAUUGGAUGAGGGUGAAUUCUCGCGGGAGUGGAGUGAGGUGUUUGGAGAAGGUUGGAUAUCAGAGGGAAGUAGACCGGCAGAAUCUCAGCAGGAGGAAGAAGACUCCUUCUUCCUCCCAUCUCAUCUCCUGGACCAGAAUAUGAACAACCUCCAGUCGACCAUCUCAGAAUGGGCCAUGAGCAUACCACAACCUGUCGUCCAGGCAACAGAGCAAUCUGGAGCCAAUCAGCACCCCUGCAGGCCAGCAGUGAGAGAGACACCAGAGACAUCUCAAAACCUUUCAGCCUGGUUCAAUCUGUUUGCUGAUCUUGACCCUCUAUCAAACCCUGAUGCUGUGGGUCGGAAAGAUUACGAGCUUCACAACGCAUAGAUGCAUUCUCGACAAUAUUAUUGCACAAGACAUGGUUAUCUUCUAUGGUCUGCAACAGUUUUGGGGUAAUUUCUAUUGUUUUUCUAACCAUUGUUACCCUGAACCAGUUUUUAAUAGCGAAACAGAGUAUGAGGCAAUUCUUGUGUAUUUGAAUUUGACAGUUUAAGUGAAUGUUGUUCAAGAUGUUUUAACAACCAAAGUACUGUAUGCUCUGCAUUAAGUUAUACUUUAAAUUCUAAGCAUUAUGAUUCAUCAAUAUUUUUUGUUAUGUAAACAUUGUUGAAAACCGUAACUAUACUUCAACUUCCACAAUAGAAGAUAUGCAGAAGAUCUUACACAAGCAUGGGGUUAACAUGUCAGUUUGUGCCUAAAUAUCCAUCUAAUAGCUGCAUGUUUCAUGUUUUUUUUCUUUGUAUGAUUGUAUAAUUAUUUCAAGGACAGAUUUAACAUGGAUUAUUGAAAGUGAUCUGGCUUGUUCAUUAUGUAAACAAGUCUAAUGAAGUUAAGGAAAUAAAUAAAAAUACAGCCACACAUACCACUGCACCUACAGGUAGAAGAAGAGCUGUUGCAUUGCUUGCUUAACCAAAUCAGUGUAAAACGUAUAUUUUUUGACUUUUUCUCUACUUAAUGUUCACAAUGAGAGUAAAGUGUACCCUUUUGGGCAAUCACUGUUGUAUGAAAUUAAAACAGAAUUCUGCAUAUCUACAAUUUUACCAAUCCAAGUACUGUAUGCCUUGAAACAAACAUUAUUAGAUAUUCUAACUACUCCUUUAGCAUUUACCAAUAAUGUUAAAUAUUGUGAGGAAAUACAAGGAAUUUAAUUUUGAUGCUUGCAAGAUGUAAAUAAUUGUGGUUAUUUGGGUAAAUGAUGUGCUUCAGACUUAAACAUAUUAUGCUUUAGUUAACUUAUAUCAUAGGUAUAUCAUUAUAUGAUUAGAUUAUAAAUAAAGCCAUUAAUAAUUAUACUUAAUAGAACUGCUCUGCCUUAAAAAGUAUGAACACAAAGUGGUAUUUUUGUCAAUUUUAUUGAAAAAAAGUCUACAUACGAAACAUUAAAUACACAUGAGAAAUGAAAUAUUAGUGCCAAACUUGGCAAACGUUGCUGAACUCUGCUUCACAAUGGUUAGUAUGAUUCAAUUGUAUCAUGGAGCUGUGAAAUUAACAAUAGGAAGAUCCAACUAGGUCUGAGAGGAAUUUUGCAUAUUGUUUUCUGUGUGUGUGUUAUAUUUGCAAUUAUUUAAAAGUAUAUACCACAAAUUGUACGAAUGAACAUGGCUAGAUGACAUCAUUAAUCUGUCAAUCAUAUUGUCAAAAGGUUUGUACAUUGUAUUUGUACAUACUUCAAAAUACAAUUUCAAUAUGCACAUACUUUAUACACCGUUGCCUGGAUCCUUCUGUUCAGUGAUAGACAAUGUGUAUUAGUGUAGGUUUAUUAAUUGAAUAAAUGAAUUGCACUUAAUAUACAUUCUUAUUAUCAAUAAUGGAUUUGAUUUCAAUCUCUGCAAUUUAGUGAUUUGACCCCAAAAACAUCAGUUGUGUAUAACAUAAUCCUAACUGAUCUAUAUAAUAACUGAAAUUUACUGUAUGUUUCAUGCUCUGUUUUAGUAGCACAACUUAACAGAACGUAAUACUGAACGCCUGUUUUGGAACUGUGGCACUGUAAGGAUAUAAUUGGUAAACUAGUUGAAACUAGUUGCAAGGUGAAGCUAAUGUUACAGAUAAGUAUUUUUUGUUGUAGGACUGGACAUAUGUAUCCAUGGCCAUACAUGGGCCUAGAUUUGGUGUCAUGUCAGAAAUUGCCUGCAGAGAUAAAAAACAAAAAAACACUUUGGAGCACUCCCAUAAAUUAAAGAGAUGGUCAAUGUAGUCCUUGUGUCCUAAAAUGACCUGAGUAAAUUCUUCAGAGGGACCUGAAGUGAGGCUGCGUGUAGUCUGUUUCCUACUUGUGGACAUAUUUCUACCUUUCCUACAAUUCCAUCUUGUAUCGCAAGUGGGUGCUUAGCUCAAGGUAAGAUUUGUAACAUUUCUAAGGUAGCUUUGGCACCUUUGCAAAAA